AUGCGUUCCUUCUGCCAGCUGGCCGUUUUGGCUCUGCCAUUGUUCAGCACUGCCGUCGCUGCUUCACCAAACAAGCGAGACGACCACCCGAAGACCAUCUAUGCAUCUGCACAAGAAGCGUUCCAGGACUUGUUGAACGCGCUGCCGGAGGAGUCUCUGCAAGCAGCAUUGAGCGGACUGAAGGACUUCAAGAAUGGCGUGUUUGAGUCGCACCACCGCGGCGUCGAACAUGUCCACGAGAACAACCCGGCGCUCGCUACCAAGCUCAUUGUUGAUGCUGUCAACGACUUGAAGAAGAGACAGGCGCCGGGCAAUGGCACAGCGAGUGCCACUGAGGCUACAACUCCACAGCAGACAACUGAGGACGCGCCUUCAUCACAGGCGAGCGAGGCUCCUCCACCAGCAGUAGAGACCACGACCGCGACCCAACAAGCCACCACAACCGUCCGCCAAACCACCACCCAACGCCCGGCCAUCAUCCCCGUCGAAGCCACCGUAACCGAAGACGGCAAAACCGUCGUCCGCACCACACGCGUCCUCUCCGAAGUAACCGCCUCCGUCCCCGUAACUCUCGUGCGCACAAACUCCCAAGGCAGCACCGUAACUCAGACCGAAAACCGCCCCGCCGUAAUCCGCACAACCACCGAUUCCGCAGGCCGCACAACCGUCACCACUUCCGCGGCUGACUACGCGCCUACCGCCGGUGAAGUACAAACUGCGACGGAUGAGGCUGGAAGCACGUUCUUGACCACGUACACACCUGGUGGCGGGCUGGUUAGCAGCAUCAAGUUGAUUACAACGACGGAUGCAGAGGGCCGGCCUAGCACUAUGACGAGUUAUACGUUUGUGGAUCCUAUUCAAGCAACCCAGGCGAGCGGAGGCAACGGUGGAGAUUCAACCGAGCAGCCGAGUGUGCAAACCGGUGCUGCGGGCGUGAAUGGCGUGCCGUUUGCUGGUGCUGUGGGCUUGGGCGCUAUGGCUUUGUUCUUUUAG